AGCUAUGCUCGAAAGCGUGUCUCCUUCUCCAGAAGAAUCUGGGCUAAAUACCUCAGCAAAGCCCUCAAAAGAAACACACGUCCAGACACGAUUUAGCAAGGAAUUAACAGACAGGAAUUCCAAACGGUAUGCUAACAGUCAGGAGAGGAAACAUAGAUUAAACGUCUACAGCCACCCAGUUAUGCCAACUGAAGAACAGAAUGCGUCUAUGAACUCAAAUGAAUCGUUUCUAGAUUAUAACAGUGCCAAGGAUGAGUGUGAAUCUCUUCUAAAGGCUCAGUCAAAAGAGAACAGUGUAAGAAUGCCUCUGUCACCAUGGGGCAAGCUGUUGAGCAUGUACAGAAAAAUGAAAGAGUCUCCUAUUCCCAAACUGUACAGCAAUAGGAAUGCACAAGAACUUCAGAAGGAAGAUGGCCAAUGCAUUCAACUGGUAGUAUAUAGAUGUAAUGAGAAAAAUCCAAUGAUUUUCAGUCACUUUAGAACAACUGAUUCUGUCGGCUUUGUUGAAAUGGAAAUAAAGAAAAUGCUUGAUGUUCACCAUGAUGUUCGGUUGUGGAAGAAAGGUUUGAAUGACGAGGCCAGUCUGCUGCAAAGAUCAGAUUCAACGUUGAAAGAUGCUGGAAUCAUUCACGAACAGGUUCUGUUUCUUGAGGAAAAAGGUGUACAUGGAAGCAAAUCUUGGCAUUAGAAAUGAGAAAUAUCAGAGAGAUUAUUCCCAGAGUAGAAGAAGAGAGAGUGAACUGGAGAAAUAUCAUUUUAAUUUAAAAAAGACUGCAAUUCAUGUUUCACUUUAAGUAGCCCAAUGGGAAUGGAAUGAGUUUGUGUAAAAUGCCUAUUUUAUAUCCUCUUCACCUUUACCAAUGAAU